UAUGUGACAGUAGGCGGUCUCGAAGGUCUCCUUUAGGCAUGAAAGUCAUCUGGAUGACUUUGGAUUAGUCCUUCUCUCUCUCAAAGCAACACAUUUCACAGGCUUGUGGUUGUAGGGAAAAUAGGCAGGAAAAUUAGGUAGGUUUGAUAUCUUUUUAAAUAUAGAUUGGCUCAGCCCGUAAAAGAAUGCAGCUAGUAUUCACAUAUCAGAAAUGGAUUAGAAAAGGACCCAAAAAAGUGAUUCAACCAGGGCCCAUUCACUGAUACACAGUUGCGAGAUGGCUGUUUAAAAUGAAUUGGAUUAAUUCACAAGUAAUUUCUUCUGGUUGCUCUUCACUACUGCACCUAAAUAGAAUUUCUCCACUCAGGGAAAAUACUGUAUAACUUUCAACAACCCUUGCAGUUGGUGGCAGACUUGAGCUUCUAAUUUCUACUUUUUUUGGAAGGUGGGAAAGGGACUUUCAGACAUUGUUGACUCCUGGGAAGUCUUUGGAUAAUCGCCUGCAGUUUCCUUGACAAGAUUUUAGAACCUCUUUGCACUUGCUUUCUCCCUAAAGCUGAGAAAGAGUAACUGAUCCAAAGCCACUUCAGUUGGAUUGUCACCUCAGGCAGGACUAGUUGAGUUUCUGGUUUCUAGCCAGAAGCUUUAACCAAACUGGCUCUCUUUCUGGCUUGUGCACAGCCAGAAGCAAAGGAGAACCAUGUUUCUGCAGGUCCAGGAGAGAAUUUCAAAAGCUAAAAGCUUAGAUGGCAAGCUUCAAUUGCUGAGAUCACUCCUGCUGUAGGGGGCAGCCCUGAAACUCAUCCCUUUUUGUUAGUGAAAUACUGUAUUAACUGAAUUCAAUUGCAUUACAGAAUUAUAAUAGAAUUAUAAUUAUAAUAGAGAGGCCAGUUCUCUCUUUAAUUGGGCCAUUCUGUGCUAGAUUACUCGGUGGGCCUGGGCCAGCCAACUAAUUCUUAAGCCCUUAUUAGCUCAGAAUAUGCAGAGCAAAGGAAGAAAAAAAUUACUGGGAAUGCUAGUAAUCAGGGGGACUGCAAACUUGGCAACUUUUAAGACUUGUGGACUUUAACUCCCAGAAUUCUCCAGCCAAUCCACAAGUCUUAAAGUUCCCAAGUUUGAAGACCUCUUGUUAGUAGAAAGCCUCCCGCAUCCAUCAUCGCUUCCAAAGAUACAAUCCAGAUUGCAAUCGCAGGCACCUCGCGAUGCCAACCGGCAGAGAACUGCACUGCAGCCCUAGACAAUCCGAAGCCGCCACAAACAGCAACUCCCACAGUAAGGAUCGUGCGGGGAUGACAGACAACCGUCCAAAUGGAAGGAGGGGCACGAGGCCAGCCCGGGUGGGAGGGGCAGGUGGCCUUUGGGAGCGGAGUCCCUCGUCUCGCGCUUGGCAGCUCGUGGCGCUCUCGCGAUGUUUCCCCCGUCGCGGCUGCCGUUGCUGUCUCAGCACCUUCCUUCGCCCUGUCACUCCGCGGACCCGGCUGGCUCUAUGGCGGCGCUGCGAAGUCUGUUGGGCUGGCGCCGCUGCCGUCUGCCCCCGGAGACGACUCCUCGCCGGCCGCUGUGGGGCUUGAAGGCCGCCGGCUCCGGCCGCGAGGGGACCUCGAGUGGGCUGAGCAUCGCGGCCGCAGGGGCUGCUGGCGGGGCGCUCGCUUGGCUCGUCUGCUAUCACUACUACGACCGCCGACCGCACCAUUCGCCCUCCGCGCUGGGGCUGGGCAGCCGGAGGGAGCGAGGAGAAACCGGGCUGCUGAGCCAAGGCCGAGGACUGCAGCCCAUCCCUGUGGCGGCCGCUGCUAGGGAGAUAGCAGCCACUGCUGGAAGACCAGGUCAUGAAGAUUUAGAACUUUAUGCAACUUCCCGGGAGCGGCGGUUUCUAACAUUUGCCAGUUUAAAAUCUGAAGGGCAGCUAUUUAUGACACCAUAUGAUUUCAUCCAGUCUGUUUCAAGUGAUGAACCAAGACAGACAAAACAGUGGAAGACACUAUCAAAACAGGAAUUGAAUCAGAUACUUAUUGAAACUCCACCAGUUUGGAAAGGAUCAUCAAAGCUCUUCAGGAAUCUCCAAGAAAGGGGUAUAAUUUCUUACACGGAAUAUCUCUUUUUACUAUGUAUCUUAACAAAACCGCAUGCUGGUUUUAGAAUAGCAUUCAACAUGUUUGAUACAGAUGGAAAUGAAAUGGUGGACAAAAAAGAGUUCUUGGUGCUGCAAGACAUAUUUAGAAAGAAAAAUGAGAAGAAAGAAAGAAAAGGAGAUGAAGAAAAGCGUGCAAUGCUGCGUCUCCAGCUUUAUGGAUACCACAGUUCUACUAAUGUGCUCAAAACAGCUGGAGAGGAUCUUGUUCCAAGAAGCUAUUGGGACACUCUGAGACGUAGCACAAGUCAGGCACUCUUUUCAGACCUCGCAGAGCAUGCAGAUGACUUUACCAGUUUACAUUCUGAUACUACAUUGCUAAUACACUUUUUUGGAAAGAAAGGAAAGGCUGAGCUUAACUUUGAAGAUUUUUACAGGUUUAUGGACAACCUCCAAACUGAAGUUCUUGAGAUAGAAUUCCUUUCCUAUUCUAAUGGAAUGACCACCAUCAGUGAGGAAGACUUUGCACAUAUACUAUUAAGAUAUACAAAUGUGGAAAAUACAUCAAGCUAUCUGGAAAAUGUGCGCUGCAGUAUCCCAGAAGAACAAGGCAUUACAUUCGAUGAAUUUAGAUCCUUUUUCCAGUUUUUGAACAAUCUGGAAGAUUUUGCAAUUGCAAUGCAAAUGUACAAUUUUGCAAAUCGUUCAAUAGGACAAGAUGAAUUCAAGCGUGCAGUGUAUGUGGCUACUGGUUUGAAGCUUUCAGCUCAUUUAGUGAACACAGUUUUCAAAAUCUUUGAUGUAGACAAGGAUGAUCAACUGAGUCACAAAGAAUUUAUUGGUAUUAUGAAAGACAGAUUGCAUCGAGGAUUCAGAGGUUACAAAAACAUACAGAAAUAUACCACUUUCAAAUCCUGUAUGAAGAAGGAACUCAAUAGCAGACAAUGAAAGACUCCGCAUAUGGGUUGAAGAACUACGGUGUUUGCGUGAUGACUGUAAUAUGGAAGCACUUUGUAAACUUUGGAAGCACUUUCUGAACUGAAAUAUGCUAAAAUGAAUGCGAAGUCUCUACUUUUGAUCAACAUUAAAGUUUGCUGCUUUUUCUUUUGUAAACUGACCACAGAAAUCAGGAAUAGACCGUUAGACCAAACAUUUUUCAGAGGAAACAAUAUCUCAAAAUUCUGGACUUUAAUUCUUAAAGCACUCUACCUGUAUGAUUCAAAAUACGACUCAUCUGCUUUUCCUGGAAAGGAUUCAUGUGUAUAUUUUUUAAUCUGUAAUGUACUUUUUAACUGGUCAUCUGCAGAUUCUUACUCAUUUUCACUUUCUUCCACCAGACUAGAAUGAUGAUUUAAUGUUUUUCCUCAGUAUUAUAUUUCGGUCAUGUUAAGCCUAUGCUAGUAGAGAAAAUGGAAAUGUAAGUCCUUAAAUCAAAAACAAAAAUAUGUGCUGUUACAUGUGAAAAUGUUUUAAAGGUUUUUCAGCACAGAAAGGGUAGAGCAAUCUAAUAACUUGUUAUGCAUAACGCAUGUCAGGGAUAAACACUUCACAAAUAGCAUGAGUUGAGCAUUCAUCAGUACAUUUACCUGGGAGUAUUUUUUAGCAAGGUAAGACUGUUCCAUUUAAAUGGUCAGGAAGUCUAUAAAAAUAUAGAUGUAUUUAGAAAUGUAUUUUUAAAAAUCAAGCGAUAGUUUAUUUUCUCAUGCCAUUCCAUUUUUGUAGUUUUGUUUCUUAAGCUGAUUAAUGUGCCUAUAAUAAUUACAAUUAAAUAGGAGAAAAUAUUUCUAGAGUUAUCACAGGAACACAUAUUCAAAGUAUAAAAUGAAGUUCAUUUUUAAACAAAAUCUAAUUGUGUGGAUAAAAAUUGUAAAGCUAUCAUUAUGAAUUAUUAAGAUUUAUAGUAUAGAAAAGCUAAGAUUUUUUUAAAGAAAAAUCUAUAGACUAUUUAAAUUUGAUUUUUUAAAAUUCAAUUCUGAUAUUUUUCAUUAUUGGCAUUCAGAUUAAAUCAAAUUAAGUACUUAUCAAUUUAUUUGAUCUCAAGAUGGUAGUUUUACUCCAGCACUUUACUAUAUCAUUGUAGAUUGAUCAAAGCAUAUUGAUUUUAAAUGUUAUAAUGAUGCAUAAUAAUACAAAAUAAAUGUAUAUUUAUUUAUUUAUUGUAUGCUGCUCAUGAAACAGCUUGGAUACUAACAAACUGAGCAAAAUUCUGUUGACAAGAUGGAUCUCUUGCCCUAGCUUCUCCCAACUGCUGCUCCCUUCUGAAACCAUAGGUUGUGAUAGUAUGAGGAAUCACCAUAGAUCUCCUUAUCAAAAGCAAAAAUCACUGUUUAGAUUGCAAACUAUUCUUUUUUGUGCUUUCUUUAGAUAAUCUGCUAAAAUACUUUAGAGUCGGUAAAUGAAGAGAAUUCAGGUCACUGACAUAAAACAUACAUUGGCUUUUUAAAGUUCUGCUAUUUAUCUGGUUUUCAUAACUGUAAAAGAAAUGCAAUACCUGUAGAAAUAUCUAGCCAUAUUCAGCCUCAAAACUUAGUAAAGUUUUUUUUACCUACAAGAUUUAUCUCAUAUCAUUAUAUAAGCAAAAGGAUUAUAACUAUAGCUUCCAUUAAUACAGGGGUGUUAAACUCGGCCUGCAGGCCAAAUGUGUCACAUGAUGACCACUCCAACCCGUUUAGUGAAGGGGGGCGAAGCUGCGAUACAUCACGUGACAACAUGUCAAAAAUUUGACACUUCUGCAUUAAUGCAUAACAUUAGCUCACUUAGAUUGCAGCUCUAUAUGAGAGUGAGCUUGGUAAUGAGAGCUGGGAGGCACUGUUCAUCCAUAGCCUCUGUGUCUCGCAAAUAAGCCCUGAAGCUGGAAGGAUAAUAUUCCUUCCUCGUUUCUGCUUUUUCACAGUAAUUUAGUAGGGCUCUAGCUAUAUCAAACACUAAAAUAUCAAAGUUUCCAAAAAUAGCAAAAUAACAAUGAUAAAUCAGGUGCAUAAAUUAUUGAAAACUGCAAGAAUAUAAUUUUUGUUCUUUAAAAUAAUCAAGAGCUACAAUUUUCUUAUAGCUCCUGAAUACAUAAAUGCAAUACAGUUUUUCAUUUGUGAUCCAAAGAUUUGUUCAGAUGAUUACCAGUUACCUGGCAGAGCAAUCCACAUUUCCACUAUUGUAAUACUGGUUUCUAUUAAAUGAAUAGAUGUACUAAUAAGCAGGGAUGAACCACAUUGCUUCUUUCUGUACUGCCAGUUUUUGAAGGAUACUUUAAAUCUACUAUGAACCAAUCUAACAGAGUAGCACUGGAUUUCUACAUUAGCUGAUAGCCAGAAGUCAGAGAUUACUUAUGUUCUUAUGCAUCUAAUUAGUUCAUUAAAAUAAAAACCAUAAUCAUGGAAUGAGGUUUAUAUUGGACUUGAUCUAAACAUUUUGCUACAUGAAGAGGAAAUGCUUCUCUGUCUUCUCCGUCUUAAAAAUGUGUAAGAUAUGGGAGAAUACAGUUUUUAGACUGCAGAGAGCAGUAUGGAGAAUGAUAAAUUAAUGAUAACUUUUUUUCACCAAACAAGGAUAUUACCUUCUAUUAAGAAGCUCUUAUAGGUUAAUUAGAAUCAAUUAAAUUAGAUGAUACAUAACUAAGUUUAUGGUGUCAUACUGAAUUAACAAAAAGAUUUCUUAAAAUGCAUAAACUAAAAACAGAAAAGCCUUAAAGUAGCAAAUUUUAGGCAGAACAUAGAAGAUGGUUUAG